AUGGAGCCUUUCCUACUCGGUGGAGGAGGAACGAACUGGCAGACACCCGCCCAAGCAGAACCCGAGAAGUACCAAUAUCAAUACGGCACCAGCAAUCAUGUCUCUGACCCGACCACCACCCCCACAAAAAGCAAUACCCGCGAGUCAGGCCCAACGGUCGCCACCGUGGUCCCUGCCGCCACAAUGGAGAACAAAAGCAACAAUAGCUACAGUAUAGCGCAGUCCGACGAGACACACGACUCCAUGGUCACCAUUCCCCUGUCCGGCCCUCCCUCCCUCGCCAUCGAUACGAAUGUCCCCGUCCCGGUGGGUCCGAGCUGGUUGGGUCGGAAUGUCGAGACGAUAGAACACGUGCCGGACGAGGAGACUAGUUCUAAUGUCUCGGUGGUUGAGGCUGAUGAAUAUCACGAUGCAGUUACGCAGAACGACGAGGAUGCGCUGGAUGAUACUACCCCGAAGCAGGGGGAUCUAGGACGGAGCCUUGAGGCGGAGCUGCAGCAAACCGAAGAGUCGGACGGCGAGAACGACGUGGUGGAUCGGAACCUAAAUACCCCUACACCUACAACACACACGCGAGAAGCUUCUGUGAAUUGGGAUGAAUUACAGAAGACGGAGGAUGAGCAGCCCAAGGACGAGCAGACCGAAACUUCUACGAAUCUAUUACGUGCCAGGCUGGAACAGGAAAAUGCAAAGCUAGAAGAGAGCCCCAAGAACAAUCGAAUAGAAUCCAUCAAGCAGCGAGACCCACCCCAACAACGACCGACUCCUCCCUCAAUAUCCCAGCUCAAGCGCAUGGUCAACGGCCCUACGCCCCAAGCUCUCCGCUACUCCAUGCUCCCCCCGCCCCCGAUGACCGACCUCGAGUUCUACGCGGCCCUCGUAAAGGACUAUCAACAAACGGCCGAGCGACUACCCACAUUACUAACGAAUAAGAUACGGAAAGGUAUACCUCCGCCGUUGCGUGGCGUAGUCUGGCAGAGCAUAUCGGGCGCCCGGGACCCGGCGCUGGAAGAGCAGUAUGACCGGCUUUGCAGCGAAUCGAGCCCGGUCGAGCCCUUGUUUAGCAAGGAGCUUGCGCGGAGUUUCCCGGGCGUCGACAUGUUUCGCGAACCUGGCGGCGACGGACAGAGAAUGCUUGGCCAAGUGCUCAAGUGCUUGAGUAUUUACGAUCGCGAGAUUGGGUACUGCCAAGGGCUGGCUUUCCUGGUUGGGCCGUUGCUCAUGCAUAUGCCUGGCAAGGCUACCUUUUGUGUUCUUGUUCGAUUGAUGGAACAAUAUGAUUUACGCCGCUGCUUCCGUCCCGACUACGCAGGGCUGCACCUCCGAAUCUACCAGUUUCGCCAGCUCCUGCGGCACAAUCUGCCCACAUUGUCGACCCACCUCGAUGAUCUGCGAGUUGACCCGUCCUACGUUUCACAGUGGUUCCUCGGCUUCUUCGCCGUGACGUGCCCCCUGCCCAUGUUGUUUCGCAUCUACGAUGUGCUCCUGGCCGAGGGAGCCACCGAGACUUUCAUGCGCGUGGCCCUGUCGCUGAUGCGCCGGAACGAGUCCAGAAUCCUGGCCUGCACGAGGUCGGAAGACGUAUCUCAUUUCCUGCUCUCGAGGGGGAUUUGGGAUUCUUACCAUUACAAUGCCGAUGAGUUUGUCCAGGAUUUUAUCAGCCUAAGCGGAGAGGUUGGACGAGAAAAAUUACUUCAAUUGGAAAUUACCUUUAAGGAAUCGCAAUUACCAACGGGAACAUUACCGAACCAAACAUCAGCAGUCGAGUCGGGAUCGGCCCAUGUCGGCGACACGAGCAGCAGUGCGAACGCGGUGCGAGCGUCGGAGGAUAUUAUUAACGCAGCAGCUUCGAAAUUCCUGGGACGUGCGUCACCUUCUUCUCCUUCUUCAUCGUCACCUACUUCAUCGUCACCUUCUUCGUCGCCAUCGUCAUCGACCAAGCCGGCGAACCUGAGCCCUGGGCUCAGCGCGCCGUCGACGCCGGUGACGAUGCUGCGGAGGAGCGGGUCGAAGCAGAGUUUGGCGUCGACGCUCAAUUCCAUGGAGGCGAGCUCUGUCAGCGUCGUUAGUAGCGCGUCGACUGGGGUCACGAGCGUGUCGAGCCAGUCAUCAUCAUCUUCUUCUUCGGAUAGUAUCAAGGACAACCGGCUGUCCUCACCGGUGGGGGGCAGCGGGAGCACCUCCGAAACAACAACAACGUCAACAAAUGUCGUUUCCGUUCCACCCGCCGUCGGUAGCCCCGUCAUCAUUCGCAGUGGUAGUAGCGCGGGCGGCAGCAAUAGCACGGAGCGCCCACCACCAUCGAUCGCGAAGAAUCCGUCGGAAGAGAAAUACCUGCACGACCAGAUCGAGGACCUGCUCAUGGUCCUGAGCGAACUGCAGCGGAACCAAGCCCUCCUAGCAAGCCAACUAAAGCAGGAGCAAGCCGAGCGCGCCGAAGACAAAGAAGUCGUACGCGUGCUAGCCAACACGCUUCGAUCGGGAGGCGCCGUGGUCGACACGGGCGCGGCCGAACUGCAGGCCGUGGAGGAGAGGUUCGGCAUCUACGCGGGCCAGGACGGGCUUUCCCCCUUGCCGUCGAAGACGCAGCUCUACGAGGACCUCACCGAGGCCAAGGAGAAACUCGCGGCGGCCCUCGCCGAGUCACAGCAGUACAGCAGACGCAUCUACGAGCUCGAUCAGGAGGUCGCGAGCCUUAAGCAGACAGUGCGCGAGAGCCAUUCGCAUGUGCGUACGCUUCAUCAAGAGAAGCAGAGGCUUGAGAAGCAGGUGCAUACUAUGCGGACGCGGGCGUCGGCGGCGUCCAAUAAUAGCAGCGAGGGCGUGUUCGGCGUCGUGUCUAGAGGUCGGACGGAUGUUCCUGGCGCUGGUGUCGGAGUAGGAGGAGGGACGGGUGGCGAUGCACGCAUGUCGAUGCUGGGGAAUGGGCUGAGGGAGUUUAAGCUCGGACGGAGCGGGUCGCCGCCUUCGGGGCCAUCAGCGUAUAACCGACGGACAUCAUCACUCGCUCCUGCAAACACCAACGGUGCCAACAACAAUAACCAAAACAACGAGGAUAUGCUCCUCCGCGAGCUCGUCCAAGCAAAGACAGCCGAAGCAAUCGCCAAGGAAGAGGCCGACGAAGCAAGGCAGAAACUCGACGCCUUCAAGAGGGCGUACGGCAUCCCUUCGGGUGAGAAUCCGCCGCCGUUAGGGUCGAGCUUGACGGUUGCUUCGGCGGCGCAAGCUGCGCAGAACGCGGGACAGGCUGCUAUGGGGAUUUUGGGGAGGUUUGCGGCUGCGGCGGGGACAGAUGGGGGGAAUAAGGGGGCAGCCGCGGCUGGAAAUGGAGGAGGAGGAGGUGGUGGUGGUGGUGGUGGUGGGUUUUGGGGGUGGAGGAGAUGA